AUGUCGGAGCGGCGGGCGCGGGGGCCGCUGCAGAGGGUGCAGCGCCGGAGCCGGGAACUGCAGGGGCAGGUGGAGGCGCUGCGGGCGGAGAGCGCGGCCGCGACCCCUGGGCAGCGGGAGGAGCUUUGGCUGAGGUGUACACAGCUGAAGAAAUUGGUGGAGGAGAAUACAAAUGCUCUCCAUGCUUUGAAAAAGGCUGAUGAGCCGGCGCCGGUGGGGAAUUACAGCCAGAGGAAGGAAGAGGAAGAAAAGCUGCUGCUAAAACUCUCCCAGCAGCUGCAGAAACUCCUUCUUGUCCUGGAUCAGGAUAAUGUGACAAAAAAUUCUGCAGGGGAUGAGGCACACCAGAAAGGUCCUCAUGCAGAAGAAGGAAAUGAAGAAGAGGAGGAAAGUGAAGAUGAAGAAAGUGAGGAGGAAGACACUGAAGAAGAUGAUGAUGAUGAUGAUGAGGAGAAGUUGUUGGAUGAUCCAAAUGUCAGAGAAUGUGUUGCUGUUGGAAACUUUGAUGCCCAGCAGGAAGGGGAUCUGACAUUUGUGAAAGGUGAAAUCCUGCUCAUACAUGACAAGAAGGCAGAUGGCUGGUGGGUAGCUGAAAAUUCCAAGGGGGAGAGAGGCCUCGUUCCCAGGACCUACCUUGCGGUUCCUAAGGAAGAGGAAGAAAGCCAAGAGGAGUCAGAAGAACACAUAGAAGUGGUGGAUGAAACAGCAGACGGAACUGAAAUUAAAAAAAGAACAGAUUCCCACUGGAGUGCUGUCCGAGCCAUUGCAGAGAAUGACACUGUGGAGGUGCUGACCACCACAGGGGCAGUUCCUGCAGGAUUCCGCCCAUCCAUGCUUUUCCAGCUCUUGCAGGAAGGUGAAGAGUUUAGAGCAAGUUCCUAUUUGCAACCUGAGCUUACUCCAUCCCAGCUGGCUUUUAAAGACUUGGUGUGGAACUCUGAGAGAAAUACUAUCCAUCCUAGACCCACCAGAGUGUCCCUGAUUGUCACUUUAUGCAGCUGCAAGAUGAUCCCUUUCCCUGGAACCGGCGUGCAGGUCCUCAGCCGGCACGUCCGGCUCUGCCUCUUCGACGGCAGCCGGGUGCUGAGUAACAUCCACACAGUGAGAGCUACGUGGCUGCCUAAAAAUCCUCAAACUUGGACCUUUUCUCCAAGGGUGAUGGGCAUCUUACCCAGCUUGCUUGAUGGUGACACUUUUGUCAGGUCCAACUCCCUGUCUUCAGACAUUGGGAUAUUGUUUGAGCUUGGCAUCACCUACAAGUGCAAUUCAACAGGUGAAAGAGGAGAGCUCAGCUGUGGCUGGGCCUUUCUGAAGCUUUUUACUUCCAGUGGGAUUCCUGUUCCUUCCAAGAUGUAUGAGCUGGUCCUGAGUGGUGGAACUCCCUAUGAGAGAGGUGUUGAGGUUGACCCAUCAAUAUCAAGGAGAGCAGGCUCUGGGGUUUUCCAGCAGUUCAUGAGCCUCAGGAAACAGCCUGUGCUUCUGGUGAAAGUGAAGUCACCAAGUGUGCACUCAAAAGACAUCCUGAAUUUUCUCCCUGAAACGUUAAUUGGGGGCAUGUGCUACAUCCAUCUCCUGGUGUUUUAUCGGCAAAUCCUUGGAGAUGCCCUCCUGAAGGACAGGAUGAGCAUGCAAAGCACAGACUUAAUCUGUAAUCCUGUUUUAGCAACUUUCCCUCAACUCCUGGACCAGCCAGACCUGAUGGAUGCACUUCGGAAUGCCUGGGCAGACAAAGAAAGAACAUUGAAGAGAAUUGAGAAGAGAGAUCAAGAGUUCCUGAAGUCUGCGUUUGUCCUGGUGUACCACGACUCUGUAUUCCCUCUGCUGUGUUCCACCUUCCUCCCCAGCUACAGAUGGGCUGAGGAAGAGGUGGAAUUGUCUCGCUGGAAGGUGAUCCAUGAAUUCCUGAAAAGGAGCCGGGAGAAGGAUGGUGCACUGGAGUACCUGCUGUCAUCAGAGAACACACACAGAGCCUUUGACAUCUCAGAGCUGGCCUACGAUUUCUUAGGAGAAGUGAGGGAAAACAAUCCUGGGGAAUGAACAAUUCAGGCUCUUCUAAGGACAUGGUAACAAUGAAAUUAAAUUCUUACCAAAGAGAUUGUGUAGGAUCUGAAUUGUAAGGGAUAUUUUAGCACAAUUAAGAUGUUGAGAGAGAUUAAAAUUAUUUUAUCCGUUUAUCUACUGGAAA